AGAAGCGUUCAAUGACGUUUUCGCAUGUUCAGUCAGCUUGUCUCCCAUCAGAUCUCAAUGGUCCCAUGUCGCUUUAAAUUAUCACGCGUCGCGCUUGAUAACAGCGCGAGCUCUAGUAUUACCAUACUCAAUGGUGCUUCCGUCAUCCGGACUUCCGCUCUGUAUGAGUGUGGGCUCUUCGGUGGUGACCAACGCCAUGACUCUGUCACAAAUACCAAUAUUAUGGUCUUUUUCGAACAUACAUGACCUCUCUCGCUGAAACAAGUGACAUUUCAGGAGUCACUCAGCAUAUCCCGUCAUCGCUUGUCCUAGCGCAGACGGAUUUGACAUUCUCAACUGUACUUCUUUUGGUGUUUCAAGCAGUACAAACUGGGGCAGGAGGCAUAAAUGUUGCCGCGGUCAUCAUCUCUUGCUUCGGAUUAGACGUGUUCCACCAAACACAAUCUGUAUCACUGUCUACGCUGAUGUUCAGCAUUUCCGAUACUGCACGCUCGCGUUUAAACUCGCUGUUGAUCAUAUCAGUUUUUCUCGCCCAGAUUACAGGGACAUCCGUGGGUACUGACGUUUUCGUCGGAUAUGGCUGGCGUGCAAAUGCUGCGCUAUUUAUGGCCAUGUAUGCCUUGCAGCUCGCGGUGCUUAUCCUUAGAGGUCCUCAUUGUCCCAGGAAUCGGUGGUUUGGUUAUGAAGGUGGACUGUGAUUCUGGCAGAAGCUGCCGUCCAAGCAGUCCAAAUCAAAUGUGAGCGACGACCUCAAGAACGCAGGAGGCGGCGACCUGGCUGUGUUGUACAGUGAAAAGACUUGAGGGAUGCCGAAGGAAAAGAAGCACCGCUAGUCCGAA